CUUCUUCUUCUUCUUCUCAGCAUAACAUUCAAUCUCCGCAGCUCUCUCUCUCUCUCUCUCUCUCUCUACUAAACCCACAUGGCCUCCACUUUCCUCACACUCCCAAACCCUUUGGUGUGCAGACCCAACACUUCGUCUCUGUCCAGCCAGAAACUACUCCCAGGUCUGCGAAGAAACUCAUUGAGAGUCAACGCAAUUGCCAAGAAAUGGGAACCCACCAAGGUGGUUCCCCAAGCUGAUAGAGUGCUUAUUCGUCUUGAGCAACUCCCUGAGAAAUCAGCUGGAGGAGUUUUGCUGCCCAAAUCUGCCGUUAAAUUUGAGCGGUAUCUUAUGGGAGAAGUUCUUUCUAUUGGUUCCGAGGUUGGAGAAGUGCAGGCUGGAAAGAAGGUUCUUUUCUCGGACAUCAAUGCUUAUGAGGUGGAUUUGGGAACAGAGGGUAGACACUGCUUCUGCAAAGAGAGCGAAUUGUUAGCCGUGGUUGAAUAAGAUGUCAUCCCUCGACAGUAGGCAGGAUCUCUUGAAUUAUUUUCUGAAAUUUUAAUUGUUGAGAUGUUUUUCCUUGUAUGUCUCCAACUCCCCAAUUCAUUGGAUGAAUUUUGUAAUAUUUAGUCAUCAUUGUACUUUGGAAUGUAAGCUGUGUUAUCUCUUGCGAUGA